UAAUUUAUUUUCAUCAUGUCUCUCACUCUCAAACUCUCCUCCCUGGUCAUCCGCACACUCUCGAAGCCGAUCGCCAACCAACUCAAAGCACAGGCUCGCGAACAUGAACGCUUCCGCCGGAUCUGCGUCUCCAUGGCGCAGGGGCUGCACCGCAUCGACAUGCGCCUCCGCCUAGGCAGCCUGCGCGACACGGCCGCAUCGCAGAAACGGGCGGCGGCCGAGGCCGAGCUUCGCAAGCUCAAACCCACCUCCCCGACGGCCAAGACCGAGGCCGAGACCAAGGCGGAAGAGGCGGCCCUCGCCAAGGUCCAGGAGGCGGCCAAACCGGCGCCCAAGCCUCACAUCCGGCCGCUGUCAGAGUCCAAGGCCAUCGAAUCCGGUGCGACGUUCAUCAGUGAAACGUUCCUGUUCCUGGUGGCGGGCGGCUUGAUCGUGUUUGAAUCGUGGCGGUCGCGCCGGAAGGAGACAACGCGCCGGGAGGACGUGGAGAGCCGGCUGGCGGAGCUGGAGCAGACGGAGAAGGCGACGCGGGAGGCGCUGAUUGCGCUGGAGAAGGAGUUGCUACAGCUGAAGGCGAAGCAUGGGGAGCUGUCCAAGUCUUCGAAGCGCAUCCUGCCGCGCUGGGUGUGGGAAGAGCCGGAGGAGACGGCUGAGGAGGUCGAGACUCCAGGAUUGCUUACCCGUGUUGCAUCGUUAUUCUCGUUCGGAGAGAGCUUGGAACAGCGAGCUGAAGCGGUGAUCAAUGAGAGCAAGAGUGUCAGCACGACGUUGACCAGUGAUGCGCAGCGGCCUGCGACAGGGGCAUUGAUCACUCCGGUGAGCCGUGAUGGGAAUGCAGCAGAGCCAAAGAAGGCUUAGUGGGCGCCUAAUGGUCUUGAUGCCGGUUCUGUAUAUAUACUGAGAUAGAAUUUGGGGAGAUAUAUUGGGGAGAGUACAUGGUUUGUUGAUGCUUCUGGAUACCCUUUGUAUAUUACCGCGUGGGAGGAAGAAUGUCGGAGUGGUGCUGGUUCUAG